AAUGGGAAAGGAAUCCAAUGGCGGUUCGACUGUUUGAGCCCUAAAUUAUUUCAGCAAAAGGAAUACUGGAUUCCAAGUAAAAUCCAGAAAUCAUCAUCAACCAGAAAGAAAUCAGAAGAAGAAAAGCAGUGCCAACCAGAACGAUGUCGGAGGCGUACGAGAGAGUGAAAGGAGGCAGACUAACCUUCAAGGGAGGAAGCUUAGCCACUCGCAAAUCCAUCGACAAAGUCAAGAAGAAGCACAAGAAGAAAAAGAACGCAGACGACGGAUCUCAGCCUUCCCUCGACGCCGCUGCCUCUGCCGUUGAAGGCUCGGAAUCUGGAGGAGAUGUGUACACCAUUGAUGCAGCUAAAAAGAUGAAGUACGAGGAGCUGUUCCCUGUGGAGGCUAAGAAGUUCGGUUACGAUCCCCAAAAUCCUCAAGCCAAAUCCGUUGAACAAGCCCUCGAUGAUCGCGUUAAGAAGAAAGCUGAUCGUUACUGUAAAUGAGCUUCAACUGUUGUUAACAAUUAAAGUUAUGUAUUAUCAUACAAUUUCUUAGAACUUAAUUCAAUGAUUCUGUUGAUGGUUUCAGCCAAUCAAAGUUCCCGAAUUUUGAUUAUUGUGGUUAGGGUUUCAAGCUUUCUAGUGAAAUUACAAAAUUAUCACUCUGUUAAGUAUUCUAGGGUUUCAAGUUUUUGUUCCUGAAACUUGCCUUGGCCAAGCUCUUGCUUUGCACCGUUAGAUUCGUCUGUUGAACAUAUACAUUUUUUCUGUAGCUUUCUGGAGUUAAUAUGGUUUUUGUAAAACAUUGAUUUGGUAGACUCUUUGAUUCUACCAUCUAAAAUCAGUUAAAUGGAUUGCUUCAAUUGCUUUCAUCCAAGAUUUCAGAAACUAAUCGUUAAACUCUUGGGUUUCUAUGACUAGCUGAUGAUCAUGAUCACCAUGACCAAGCUCUUGCUUGGACCAUAUAUGAAUCUGUUAGACAUAUGCAUUUCUCUGUGUCUUGCAGUGGUUGAUAUGGUUUUUGUAAUAUAUUGACUUGCUAGACUCUUUGAUUCUAUCAGCUAAACAAAGUUAACAGACAGCUUCAAUAGCUUUCAUUCGAGACCCAAAAACCUAAUAAUUAAGUUCUUGGUUUUCUAUGUGUACAUGAUAUUCCUGAUCACCAUGACUAAGCUUU